AUGGGAAAAAAGAAAACAUCAUUAUUAGGUACUCUUAUCCCAAUGAUUGGUAUUACAUUAGUAUCGUUGGGUGUGCUCAAUCACUUUAUGGAACAUAAAUUUCAACGUUGGGAUAAUGAAAUGUUAGGUAAUCCAAAUAAAAAACCCACAUCUCUAGAAGAAGAAUAUGAGAAAAUGUCCAAAAAGAUAGAUUUUUCAAAUUGGGAAAAUAAAACUGUACCAGGUUCGCAAGGUUAUGAAAGUGAUGAAGAUAAAAAAUAA